GGUGGGCAUUUUCUGUCUGGUUUCGGUGGCAGCCGCGCUGGAUUUCAAGUACCAUCACACCGAGGAGCUGGAGGCUUACCUGAGGGGAGUUCAUGCCUCGUACCCCUCCUUCACGCACUUGCACAGCAUCGGACGCUCGGUGGAAGGUAGAGACCUGUGGGUUCUUGUUCUGGGAAGGUUUCCAACCCAUCAUAAGAUUGGCAUUCCAGAGUUCAAGUAUGUUGCUAAUAUGCAUGGGGAUGAGACUGUUGGGAGAGAAAUCCUGCUCCAUUUGAUAGACUUCCUAGUGACCAGCUAUGGACGUGACCCAGUUAUUACCCAGUUACUCAAUAACACCCGGAUUCACAUCAUGCCAACAAUGAAUCCCGAUGGAUUUGAAGCUACCAAAGUGCCCGAUUGUUAUUACACACGAGGAAGGUACAACAAGAACGGAGUAGAUCUGAACAGGAAUUUUCCCGAUGCCUUUGAAAACAACAGCGCCAGCAUUCAGCCAGAGACUCACGCAGUGAUGAACUGGAUUAAAAAUGAGACAUUUGUUCUUUCAGCAAACUUGCACGGGGGUGCCCUGGUUGCCAGUUACACCUUUGACAAUGGUAACUCAGUUACCGGCUCUUUGAAAGGCUACAGCAGGUCUCCAGAUGACGAUGUCUUUAUUCAUCUGGCAAAAACCUAUUCUUUCAACCAUGCCAGCAUGCACCAAGGGACUGGGUGUGACAACAGACAAACCUUUCCACAAGGCAUCACCAACGGGUACUCCUGGUACCAGCUGGAAGGUGGAAUGCAGGAUUACAACUAUGUCUGGGGACAAUGUUUCGAAAUCACAUUGGAGCUGUCAUGCUGUAAAUAUCCUCCAGCAGAGCAGCUGGAAAAGUUCUGGAGAGACAACAAAGUCGCUUUGAUCGAGUAUAUAAAGCAAGUGCAUCUAGGUGUCAAGGGCCAAGUCACUGACAAGAAUGGGAAUCCUAUUCCCAACGCCAUUGUGGAAGCCAAAGGACGGCCUCACGUCUGCCCUUACCGAACAAAUGAACAUGGGGAGUACUUCCUUCUCCUUUUGCCUGGGACGUACAUCAUCAAUGCAACUGUCCCAGGAUUCAAAUCAAUGCUGAAGAUAGUGGAAAUACCUGACAAUACUGGUAACUUCAGUGCUUUGAAACACGACUUCUCUUUCUCAGACGUCUCUGUCAAAUCAAGAGCUGCUUCCUGUCCCAAAAUGCCCCUCUAUCAAGAGCUCGAACGGGCUUCAGCAGCAGUAAAACCAACUCUACAUAUCCUGGUUUUAAUGACCGCCAUGCUUGUAAUUUUCAGUCAGGAAUGA